GCCUGGCGUGGUUAGAGGCUAUUCGUGGGAUUUUCCUCUCUUUUGCUUCUUCUUCUUCUUGUUGUUGUUUGUGUAUUAGCAUUAGUGACGUCGCCGCGACAGAGAGGGCGUGCUACUCUCGCUCUCUCUCUUCCCUCCUCUCUCCCGCACACACACACAGACCGGACCCAUCACGCUCCACACGCCCCGCCUUCUCGCUCACACACCAAACUCCACCGUUGCUCGGCUUCAGAAACAAAAACGGUGGUUCUUCCUCCCCUCCAUCCUUAUUCAACCACCACCAUCAUCACCAUCGUCUUCAUCGUCCUGCACCGCCGUUGAACCAUGGUGUCGCGCCGGGCCCGCGCCUUGUACGACUUCCAGAGCGAGAACGAGGGCGAGAUCUCCAUCAGGGAGCGAGAGAUCCUCACCGUUUUCAACGAGGGCGUCGGCGACGGAUGGUUCGAGGGCACCAACAUGCGAGGCGAGAGAGGUCUCUUCCCGGCCACGUACGUGGAGUUUUUGCCCGACGAGAACGACGAAGGUGACGGUGGUGGUGGCGGUGUCAGGGAUGUGGCCGGGAGCCAGCGAGUGGCGUCAGCUGCUCGCGAUGGGAGCCUGGCGCAGACCGCCACCGCUGCAGCCUGGAGCGCCAGCAACCAGCAGCAGUCGCACAAUUUCAAGACUUUUUACAACCAGCAACAAACUCCAGCAGGCACGUGGCCCCAGCAGCCCGCAGAGCAGGACCAGGACGACUGGGAUGCAGACUGGGACGACAACUCGUCCACCGUGGACAGCAGCAGCACCCACGGCCAGUUCGGGGCCAACGGCACGGUCACCUCCGCCCUGGGCGUCUCGUCGCUGUCUCGCUACGUGAAGGCCGGCGGCGAGGCGUUCAUCUCGGGCGACGUGACGGGCUGCACCGUCAACGUGGGUGACCGCGUCCGCGUCGACAUCGCAGAGCGCGGGCCGGCGUGGCCCGACAACCCGUUCCCAUUCACCUGCUCCAUCGAGGACCCCACCAAGCAGACCAAGUUCAAAGGCAUGAAGAGCUUCAUCUCCUACCGCCUGACGCCCACGUUUACGGGGAGGGCGGUGAGCCGUCGUUAUAAGCACUUCGACUGGUUGUAUGGUCGCCUCGUGCAGAAGUUUCCCGUGGUGUCGGUGCCCCACCUGCCCGAGAAGCAGGCGACCGGGCGCUUUGUGGAGGACUUUGUUCAGAAGCGCAGGCGGGGCCUCAUCCUCUGGAUGAAUCAUAUGACGGGCCAUCCGGUGCUCGCGCAGUGCGACGCCUUCCAGCACUUUCUCACGUGCACCGACGAGAAAGCGUGGAAGCAGGGCAAGCGAAGGGCUGAGAAAGAUGAUGCCGUGGGAGCCAAGUUCUACCUGACCAUCAGUGCACCGCCAACGUCACAGCUGGACCUGCAGGACGUCGAGGCACGGACCGAAUCUUUCAGAAGCUUCUCCAAAAGAAUGGAUGAAAGUGUGGUCCUGCUCAAUGGCACGGCUGGGGAGAUGGCACGCAAACAUUGCAUUGACUACAAGCGCGACUUUCAGAAGAUGGGCCAGGUGUUCGAGAAUCUGGGACAGUCGUUUGAGCAGGAUGAUCAGCACUAUUCGGACAACCUCACCAAAGCAAUCGCCCACACAGGCAACACCUACGUGGCAAUCGGGGAGCUAUUUGCACAACAGCCACAGCAGGACCUCCAGCCCCUGAUGGACGUGACGUGCCUCUACCAAGGACUGCUCGCCAAUUUCCCAGACAUCAUUCACAUACAAAAAGGUGCUGUGGCUAAGGUCAAGGAGAGCCAGCGGGCAGCCGACGAGGGCAAGAUGGACGCCGGUCAGCUGACGGAGGUUCAAACGCGGACCAACACGGUGUCGCACGCGACCCUUGCGGAGUUCAACCACUUUCACUGCACGCGCGUGAAGGACUUUGGGCAGAUCAUGCAGCUCUACCUCCAGCAACAGAUUGCGUUCUACCAGGCCAUCGCCGGUCGCCUGGAUGAUUCCUUACAGAAGUACAAAAAUCUGUGACGGAGCAUUGUUGGCGCGAGGACCCUGCUCACAGUGGAGGUUUGUGACGAACGCUGCGGACUUCCGUUUCGAAUUUUCUGCGGUGCCUUUGUGGACAAGGUGUCCUGAAAACAGGUUUAAACGUGGACACGCACCGACACGUACUUUUGUGCCUAUUGUAGGACCUGAAAGCCUUCGAGUUGAGUGUUUCGUAGGCGAGAUUUUCAAAGCUGUUGUUUGCCAACGGAAGAUUAAAGCCAGAAAGAAAAAUCAAUGAAGUAGUAGAAAUCAAGCAUGUAGUUAGGGUUUCCUGACCCCUGUUGCGAGUGACGAAUGAUGCAUGAAACAGUUAAGCAAAAGCAUGUAUUAUGGAAGUAUUUAAUGCCAUAUUUAGUGUCGCAUCGUACAUUUAUCACGGGUUAUGAAAUACGCAGACGUAUUUGUGAAAUGGCUCUUUGUAGAAGGAUAAGUCAGCUGUUGCAUACUAAGCUGUCCCUCCACCCACCCUCCUCAAACAGCAGAUGACCCAGGGAACAUGUUACGGUAUUUCAGAGUUUUCAGUCAAUGUGGAAAAUUGCAGCCGUUUUGCGCCUUUUAAAAAAAAUGAAAGUAAUGUCUUAGCACAAGUCGAGGCUGCUUCUUCGGUCCGCCUGUGUUGCUCAGGUCACGGUGACCGCAAAGAAUGUAAGAGGGAGGCGAUUUUAAUCGCUCCGCGUGUCACGGGACGUUUGCAGUCUUUGACCCCCUCCUCGGCUUUUCCUUGGAAAGAAGAGGUGAGGAAUACACGGUGUGCGUUCGAGCUGGCCUGCGUCACGGUGGAGUCUGCGAUGUUCAAAUAUCGACCCCCCCCCCCUCCGCCCACUUACAGGCAAUGAAUUUCAAAUGACUUGAGUGUUCGCAGUAGAUUGAAAAUACAAACUCUCAGAUACUGAAAUAUUAUAACGGAAUGUGCAUACGAGUUAUAAUUUUUUUUUCCUCUCUCAACAUGCUGUGCUGUACUUAUUUUAAUACUCGUCUAGUGCACGUGACUCCACACAUACUCCCACCCACCCAUUAAAGUGACGAUUCCAUGUAAUUCCUAAGACGCUUCAGAUUUAAAGGGGGCUCCGUGUUCGCCCCUGGCAAUGUGCAGUCUCGUUGCCAGGGUAACACAGAGACAACACACCAACUCUGCGUGUUCUCAUGCGGGUAACUUUGGCAUCUUGUUGUAAAACUGCAAGUUUUUUCACUGAUAAACCAAAAUAGCUGAUGACAGUUACAAAAAUAUGACUUUUAAAACACGUUCUAAAGCCUUAUAUAACCUGAGCCUCGUCAUAUAUCUUUGUUGCUGUACUAAACACCUUUAGAUCGCCGUUAGCGGCCACACUAUUACUACAUUGAUGCCUUCUUUGCUCUUACACAAUCAAGACAUGUUUUAAUUCAGUAUAGCGCACUUCACGAACAAAAACCCACAGCAUAACGGCAAUCAAAUUCCGUCGAUAACUAUGCGGCAGUAAUAAGUGAUGAAAACAUUCAUCACAGAGAUCAAUUAAAAUGCAAUGCUGUAGAGUGUAAAACAAGUGAACGAUAGCUCGCGUAAGUGUCUUAAUCGAGCUUUAAAAACCGAAACCUUUGGCAACUCCCAUACGGAAACAGGCAGCAGCAGAGUUCAUCAUUUGGGGGGGGGGGGGGGGCGAAUAGCUAAAUGCACCACCACUUUUGUGUUUUUUUAAACCCUUAGGGUAAGUGAGCAAUCCUGCAUCCUGGUCGCGUUGGUAUAUAUACGGAGUUAAAAUAUUUACAUAUGAAGGGGCCAAGCCGUUUAAUGCUAGGUAAUAAGUGUGACCUGAAAAUCUAUCCUAAAUCUCACAGGAAGCAAACUUCGGGCUGCCAAUACCGGCGUGAUGUAAUCAUGUCUUCCUGUUAAAACCCCAGGAGUGGAGUUUUUCACAAGCCGCAGUUGAGUUUCGCACAUUUUCGUGAAUACCAGAAAACAAAGCAUUGCUAUAAGCAAGCAUUGGAUGUUAUGAAGGCGUCAAGCUCUCUGCAUAUUCCAUGGAAAGAAAGCAUAGAAAAAUCUCACGUAGAAAAUACGUCUUGACACAGUUUAGUGGGAACGGUAUGAAGCACAUGUAGUUAAUUUUGUCCCAACAACUAAAUAGAUCGGAUCAAGCUGGCUAAUAGAAGCAAAAGCUUAAAAGACAUGAUCUGCUUUUACGUGGCCUGAGUAGCUUUAUGGCUAUUACAGAACUUAUCAUCUAGGUAGAGUCUAUUAUCUGAUAUGAUUUCUAAUAUGAAUAUAAAGUCAUCACAACCUGCUUGUAAUUGUGUAUUUAUGUAGAACUUCAGCUUAUUAGUUUAGCGAUCGUUUUAAAUAGAACACAAGGAUGAUUCUUAUUUGUUUAUACAAUAGUUGAUGAUCUAUCUGAAGACAGAGCAGCUUUAUAUUUAAUCAGAUUUUUUUUUCAGGUGAGAUAUAAGAACUGUAAUUGAGUCAUUUUCCCCCAUUCACGUUCGAGCUUACAGCCCCCGCACGGUUAAGCUCCCGAGCUGUAUCAUGAAACCACCGGGAUGACCUUUUGAAUUUAUGUUUUGUUCUUGUAAGGGGUGCCUCGAUAUCCAAAAUAGUACUUAGGGUGGAGCUGUUGAAAUGUCUGCGAGUACACUACAUUAAAUAGGAACUGAAGUGGAGAAAGCUUCCAAGAAUUUCCCAGCAGUGGAAGAAUUGGGACUUGUGUUUUCAUACAAUAGUCUUGGGGGUGUAUUUAGGGGAGGUAUUAUUCGAAAGUAAUAACAAAAUAGACUAUGGUUGCAAGAAUCGCUGAUAAGACAAAUUCUGGGUGUCAAGACCACGGGUGAUAAUUAGAUCAAGUGGGCGACCGUGAAUGUGUAUCGGGGGCUUGAUACGUGUUCAACAAAACCAACAGUGCUUAAAAAAAAACUCAUGAAAUCCUUUCCAAGGGGAUCUCCGUCCACGUCAAUAUGCACAUUGAACUCGCCAAGAACCAUAAUUCUAUAAUGCUUGACAGCGAGCAUUGACAAGAGUUCACAACAAUAGAGAGUUUGGUCUUUGUCGCUGAUGAACAAUUCCACCUUAAGCAAGCAAGCAGGUCGGCUGGCCAGCAGCUCGGGCACGCAGGCAGGCGGGGCAGCUGCGGCAGACAAACAGUCAGGCGAGCAGCCCAGAUAGGCACGCGGAGAGCACAGGCAACCAAGCAGGCAGGCAGAUAGACAGACAGGCAAGCAGGCAGGCAACCAAGCAGGCAGGCAGACAGGCAGGCAGAUAGACAGACAGGCAAGCAGGCAGGCAACCAAGCAGGCAGGCAGGACAGGCAGGCAGAUAGACAGACAGACAGGCAGGCAGGCAGACAGGCAGGUCAGCAGCCCAGGCAAGCAGACAUGGCAGCUGAGGUUGGCUGGCAGGUAACCCAAUUCCUGCCGAUUGCUCCGAUGUCCUUCCAGCUGGUGGCUGAGCGCAUUCUUCCCACAGGGAUUGCUCGGUGAGCCCCGUACCCCCAGCAACGCCCUCAAGUCUCCGCUGGAAAAUAUGUCCAUGCAUCGUCCUUCUUCCCCUCGCAGUGUCCGAAGCGGUCUCUUUUGUGACGAGCGUGUUGAGUUCAUCAUGCACGGCAUAGAAAUGUGCCGCGCACUUGUGCACGUCUCCUCGAUGACCUCCGGGGCCCAGCUCAAGGUCGGUAUCAGCCGGUGGUUUCAACAUUCAUUGCUUGGCGUUGUCAAAGAUGGGGCAGUGGGGCUCACCGUAGCCCCCCCCCCCAAGCCCCCCCCCCCCCGUGCCCCCCCCGUGCCCCCCCCCCCAAUGAGCCGUCUUGUUGAACAUCGCUGUGCUGUUGUGGAGGUGGAAGUGAAUGUGACCUUGGCAGCCAACUUGCCGUCGUCUUCGUGGUUACAGAGGAUUGCUGUGCGCGAGGGUGCCGGGGAUCGCGUGACGGCUGGCUGACCGUCAGGGAACCAGGGUUUUUUGCGGAAGGAAAAAAAUGUAUUGACUGUGCUGCGUGGGUCCAUCAGCGAGGAGCUGUCGUCUCUCAGCCAGGCGUGUCACGCAGCCCGCGUCGUUAUUGUACGAGCUUUUGGAAACGGAAGUCUCGGUGUGUGUUUGGCAGUCGCAGAAGGUAAGCUUUGUAUGGCUGAUCAAGCCCCCCAGGUCCUGUCGGGGUCCUUCUUGGAAGGUGUAAGCUCGAACUCGAUGCACACCUCUACUGUUAUGAGAGCGGCAGCGAUUCAUUACUCUGAGAAAGCCUCACCGAUGCACCUGGCUCAGGAGUCAUGGUUUUUGAUGAUUGGCCAAAUACGAGUUUGCUUGUAAUUGUAAAUAAUAAGGAAUGCAGUAAAUAUGGGGUGGAAUAAUCAAACAAGGGAACAACAUUCAAGACGUCACGAAAAUAUUGUCGGUGGCCAAGAAGCUCCUGUUGGUGCUUUCGGCACCUUUCCAAAUGAACUUGCUUGCCCCCUAAAGUGGUUCUCGCCGUACAUUGGCUCAAGCUCUCCGUGGUCUCCCCCCCCACCCUGCCCCUCUCCUUGGCCUGCUUGUGAUUGUUCGUGCAUCAUCACGUUUGGCAACGGCUCCCAAUCGGCCCCCCUUCGCAAAGCGGCUACACCAUCAUCUGCAUUUUGCACAAUUGCUAUGUGUGUGUGUGUGAACAGAAAGCCCUCGUGGGGUCCGCUCUUUGAGGUCGCCACCGGAUUUCAUUGCCAUCCUGAACCCCCAUUUCUGUUGUGGAAAUGCCACCCAUCCCAGCAGGCUGGCAGUGAGGGCAAGACACAGAGCGGCUAAUAAUCGAAACUAAAUGUCGGUCAACGUGUAAUGGAGUUAACACGUUUUUGUUACGGUGGUUUGGAAGGUUUUAGCAAAGUGACGAAGGACCCAACACUCUGUUGUGAGAAUGCGAUAGUUUGGGACGUGUCGUUAACAGGUUCAACGAGUAUAUUGGCAGAAAACGUUCUGGAAUGUGGCGAACAUUUGGCGAGUAAUAUCUGAACCAGUCCUGGGUCCGUCUACUCCUUCACCGAUUCACACUGACGACCGUGGUGAAGUAUGGUCGAACAACCAUCACGACUGAUGUGUCCGUGGGGAGUCCAUGUGAGUUGGCCAGCAGUGGGAUGGUGGAGGAGGGCUCCAAGUUUGUUUAAUUAAGUAAACAAAUCUAUGCAUUGUGGUUUACUGUAUACAGUAUUACUGUUCUUUGAUACAGGCCAUUGUACAGUUUAUUACAAACAUUACUGUACUGUACAGUUCUGUAUGAUUCAUACAAUUGUAUAUUUACAUUACGUGUAGUAGUAGUACAACGCUGUGUGCAUGCCUGCUGCUAGGAUGAGCGAACACGGUGGCUUUACUAUUGCAGAUGCUGCAGUCGGAGUGUGUGCAAUGGGAUUUGAAGUGGGACCCCUUUUCUCGGUAUACUGUACCCUUUUGUCCAAUGCUUGUCCUGUGUACAUUAUUUCCCCGUUAAGCCCGCUCUGUGAUGCAUUGCUUGCACGCUUGCAGAUUUUGAAACAAGUUCUCCCAUUCUCAAGUUAUUGCCUACAAGGCAACAUAGGUUGGUGGCUUUUAUUGCGCCCUGAGCACGAGAGUGUUAUACUAUCAUGAGCGCAGUUAAAUAUUUCGAUUCGUAUUUUUCUGGAUGCAAUUGGGGGGGGGGGGGGUUGCAGUGAAGAUAUUCAGCAAGUUACAGUGGUACAAGCUGCGUGAGCCAUUCCUUGACUCGUUAUUUUGACUAUUUGGCUGCCUAUUGUGGGGGGGGGGGGGGGGGAUAAUCUGGCGCCCUGGAAAAUAUUCCCUGGGAAUGUUCAGCCCUGGCUAAGACCAACAACAAUGUUUUAUAUCAUCGCAUGAGGGACGUCUUAACGCUCAAUUGGGACUUGCGCCAUCCCUAUUUUAGGACAUUUGACGCCAUCGAAUCGCCAUUCGAACUCGAGUGGAGAUGUGGCCCUUGCAUUGUGGGCAUUUACACAGACACACACAUCCAAUUUAUAUUCAGAGUCAAAUCAGAAUGUAUUCAUACUGAUAUCUAGUGGGGGCAGGUAAGAACGUCACAACACCAAUACAAAACAUGAUAGGCGUGGAAAAUACAAGAAAGGGAAAAAAUCACCCAAACACAUACAAACACAACACUAAACUAUCCCUAUCCUACCAGAUAAAGCCCAACGAGGUAUUAACUUACUUUUCAAAAGUAGACCUGUCCACAAAUGAUAGCUGAACGAGGUGGCCUUGUCAGUUGGACAUUUAUAGCAGCAGAAUAAUCUCAUUAGUUAAAACGUGCGUUCCUAUCGGGAGUAAGAGUAGACGUGUAACGGAUGUCGUCAACUCAUUGGAUGUCGCUGCCCUGGGCCCUUGGUGGUACUCACAAGGAAGACUAUUCAGAUUUGUUCAUUAGGUUAGAAAAAAUACGGUUUAUAUUAAAGACCUAUCCAGUUUAGGUUCUUUCCCCCCCCCACCCCCCAACUAACACAUUGCUAUACCAUUAGAUCCAUCAGUAAGCCUCUUGUGGCCAUGGUGAUUGUAUUUAAAGUAACCCCACCUGGUGUGUUGUUACAAAUGCUGUCACUGUUACAUCAGUUCUUGAAUUUGAGUGGGCACUUGCAAACACUAUACCACGGCGUUUGUGCGUUAUAGCUCUCCAACGCGUUUGUAAAAUUGUACCGCCUGCCGUUGAGCAAGACGCCUGGCAUAUUUUUUCCACGUGCCUCUAAGCUUGUUCGGGAGGGGAGCUCCAUUCAGUUCUUCUCUCUAUUUUUAUGAAAAUGUAAUAUUUCACUUCUUGGAUAAGUUCCCGGCACUGUGGAGCGAAACGUCGGACAUCACGCGGAAUAACACGCGGUACAAUCCGAAAAAAUCCACGCGGAAGUCGUUGCCAAGUGCGCUUGUCGUCCUGGUAUCGUGAGACAUUGCCAGUUGUGGUUUUGUGGUCAGAACCUAGGCAAGUUGUAAAUAAGUCUUCUCGGAGUUUGCAGGAGAGUUGUUUGUAUGACUGUCACAUGAAUUAAGUGGAGAACUUAACAGUAAUCUCGUGUUAUCGGAAUAAGAUAAACUGUCUGCCUUUCAGAAUAUGUCUUUUCAAGUAACCGAUUCUGUUAAUGCCUUUUUGUCCGGGUUUUUUUUCUCGUAUUACAUAUUUAGAAUUUUUAAAAAGAUAAAAGUGCAAUUUUUUAUUGCAUUGUGCAAGUCACAAUGGAUAUUUUUUUCUUUUGUUAAUAUUAAAACCAUUUCUAUAAAUAUAUAAUCAUGUUACAAUUUCCUACUUAUGUGAUUUUUUUUUGACACAGGGUUGUGUAACUGCAUGCUGUUUCAAUGAGUUGAAAUAAAGAGAUGUGUAUACCACGCGUGCAUAUUUUAACUCUGCAUUAUGUGCCUGAUGUGCACGUGUACAAUAAUUGUUGAUGUGUUUUUCCCGAACAUGUCAUUUUGCUUCAUGCAAAAAAGAUCGAAGGCGAAUAAAGUCUGUAAAAAAAAAGCUGAAACGUCUU